AACGACGUUGCGUUUAAACUUUGGAAAUACAGAAGAAUGAGAAUAUGCGACGACUUGUUCUUCCACCAUCGUGUUAGUGUUAGGGCUUACUGAGCUGCAGAUUUACUUCAAAUUAUGCGUUUCAUCGAUCGAUUUUUCAUUAUAUCAAACGACGUCGGAGAAUAUCGCAAUUCCUCUACCGUUUCCUUUCGUUGAUCCGCGAAAUCGAAAGAUAUUGGCGUGAUCGCGCGACACGUGUUUCACAGGUGCUUGUGUGUUUACUGAGGUAGAAAGAAGAAGACCAAAUUUCUGAACAGCAUGAAUUACCUUCUUGGAGCUUUCAAGCCAGCAUGUAAUGUCUUAAUCACAUUUAACGAUGGAAAAAACCGUAAACAGGUUCCGUUUAAAAAGGAGAAUGGUCAAACAGUCACGGUCCCACUUUUCCAUAGUCAAGAAAAUAUUGCUGGGAAGAUCACAAUAGAACCAAUGCAAGGGAAGAAGAUUGAUCACAAUGGCGUAAAAGUUGAGCUCCUUGGACAGAUAGAGAUGUAUUUUGACAGAGGAAAUUUUUAUGACUUUACUUCCCUUGUAAGAGAACUAGAUGUACCUGGAGAAAUCUACGAGAGGAAAACAUACCCAUUUGAAUUUUCUACUGUCGAAAUGCCAUACGAGACAUACAAUGGGGUGAAUGUGAGGCUUAGGUAUGUCUUGAAAGUGACCAUUAAUCGUGGUUAUGCAGGAAGCAUAGUAGAAUACCAGGAUUUUGUGGUUCGCAACUAUUCUCCACCUCCACAAAUUAACAAUAGCAUCAAGAUGGAAGUAGGAAUUGAAGAUUGUCUACACAUCGAAUUUGAAUACAACAAAAGCAAGUAUCAUCUGAAAGAUGUCAUCGUUGGUAAGAUAUACUUUUUACUUGUCAGAAUCAAGAUAAAAAACAUGGAUCUUGAGAUUAGGCGUCGAGAAUCAACAGGAUCAGGGACCAACACCCAUGUUGAGACAGAAACAUUGGCUAAAUUUGAGUUGAUGGAUGGUGCUCCUGUCAGAGGUGAAUCAAUCCCCAUCAGACUGUUCCUCAGUCCUUACGAGCUCACACCUACUCAUCGUAACAUUAAUAACAAAUUCAGUGUGAAGUACUUUUUAAAUCUUGUGUUGGUUGAUGAAGAGGACAGGCGAUAUUUCAAGCAGCAGGAAAUCACAAUGUAUAGGCUGCAAGAAACUUCGUGAUUAAUUGUCAUACAGGAAUGAGUAUUAGGUUUGUUAAUGGGAAUAAAGAAGAUUGAGAUAAGAGCUCUUACAUCUGGGAAUCGGUCACGCGAAUUGUGUUUUCUAAGGGGUAAAAUGGCCGGUAUUCUAACAUGCUUGAAAUUCUACCCUGGCAACUAUGUGUAUUGUCUGAUCUCUCGUUUGUGUCUUGAUUCUAUAAUAUUUAGGCAUACCAUUGAAGGAAGCAUCUCUUAUAUGUGCUGGAUUAUUGAUAUCCAUGAGAAUGUGGUGAUUGAAUAUAUAACUUGAAUAUUAGGGUUGAUAUCUUUAAUACUCUGGUUUUUUGUUAUCAGCAUUGCUUUACCUCCUGAACAUAAUUAUGUACCUUUUCAAUUAUUUUGAACUGAAAGAAUCAGAUGUUGGA